AUGCCGUCGACCCGGUAUAUUUACGCAGACCUCGAUGCGUUGAACCAGGACGUGUGCGCCUACAUGCGCUCGCACUCGAAGGACUUUUCGUCUGCAGAGCUGUCGAAGCAUUCCCCCAUUAGUGCGUACAAGCUGACAGAGCUGCUACCGAAGAGCGCGUCCAAGCAUCGAACACUCGGGCAUCUACCCAAGCCCAAGCGGAGUGAUACCACGGAUGAGAUGAAGACGCUGGUGCUUGUGGCUGGGAAGCUGGCCGUUUCGGUCCUGCAUGGCGUGGACAAGUACUUCGAGGCUGGCUGGCGCGUGCAGUGCUACUGCUUCCGAGACCGAGACGCCAAGGUGUACGAUCUAUUGGCAGCGGAGAACCCGUCACAUUUCCAGUGCACUUACGUGGACAGCUUAGUCAGGGGUCUGAUCAAGGAGAUCUCGGGCGACUACGAGAUGAUGGUCACCGCUAAAGCUGCUUCCCGACACGAAUUCCCAGUCGGCGACGCCAUGAAAACUUCUAUCGAAGACACACGGCUGAACUGCAAUCUACCGAGUCUGUAUGAACAUAUUCACGAGCUGCAGGAGAAGGUUUUCGCUAUGGAAGUGGAUUCAGAGAACCAGCGCUAUAGGCAACACGAGGAGAUGAUGCUCCAGCUUCAGCAGCAGAAGGAGGCGUUUGAGUAUCAGCUUCACCACCAAGACGAAGAGUUCCAGACCCGGCUGAGUGAACAUCUCAAGUCCACGACAUUUCUGCACCAGCGUCAUGAACAGCUUGUUGAUAAGCACAUGAAGGCUUGCUCAAGUGAAGUGGCAGCGGCGCUAUCGAGUAUUGAGGAGUUGUCGGAGUGCGUGAAGCAGGAUAUGUACGAGUAUCAACGCUCUCGUCUUGACAAAGAGCUGACUCGCUGGAGGAGGGAGACAGCUACUACUUACGAUUAUGUUACUAAAGACAAUGAUCAAGUGAACUCGACGUUGCUCGACGCGGUGGACGAUCUCCUUAAACAAAAUGAAGUUCAGAGCGGCAUCAAGAACUGGAGAGCAGCGCUUGUGGUGCUCAUAAUCCACAAGGUCACAGCGUGGUUAUCCACGUCUAGCUUUGGUGUAGAUUUGAUUGGAAUCCUGGCGACAUCAGUCGCGGUCGUUGCCAUUGCUUCGUGCUUUAUCGAUCAAUGA